GUGCAAUAUGUUCCACUUUUUGUACCGUUUCGGUUAAGACAUUCCCCCCGAGUCGCACUGUCGCUCUCACCGACGCGGCGACGUCCCGACAUUCGAAUUUGAUUUACCUACGCGCAUAUUAUUUAUUGUAACAGUCGACGGUAAUUUUGUGUCUUAUUUUAAUUGCUCGGCGUACAACAAAGAAAUCAAUCCGACCGAGCUAUGUGUUUGUGAUUCGCCAAUUAUCUAUAUCCGGUCUUCUAUGAGGUUUUCCUCUUUUUCGUCUAGUUCAUGGUCGCGCCAGACUACAGCUGUCCGCUGUAAUCUUGUACUUGACAUUAAUCAAACAAUUUUCAUAUUUUAAAACGUAAUCAUUUCUCCCGCGUGUGCGUGCGUGCGUGCGAGCACGCUUGUGUGUGUGUGUUCCACUUCCAUUAAAUUAUUAUAGUUCCCAUUCGCCAGUUACACCAGUAGCCUCUGUUCGCCGUUAAGAUCCAGUCGAGCGUGUGUGCGCCUUUCGAAUAGAUUUUCGGUGUUUUUUUUCUCCCCUUCGGAAUCCAGUUUGUGAUUCGUCGUGUUCUGAUCGUUUUUCGCGUCCACGAUGAUUGUACAGCUGAUUUCUAUUGGCCAUUCCUGCCGUUACACCACCGAACGUUUGUUUACAGCAGCACGCCAAUAGAACUAUAAUAUAUUAUAUAGAUGAUUACACGGUUCCCUGUUCUGUUUACUAGAAAGAAAUCAGACAAUAAUUGAAAUGGACCGGAAUGUCACGAUACAAAAAAAAUGGGUGUUGCUGACCCAUAGGCCCUAUAACGGUUCAAUGUAAAUUAAUGGAUUAAUGAUUAGUUUAACCUAUUUGAUUUAGAAAUGUUUUUGCAUUACAAAAAAAAAAAAACGAGUUCUAUUUUUGAUUUUAUUUCUGUUCUUUUAACUUGAUUAAACAUUUUUGGAUAGUAUUAAGUACCUAGAUGCUUGUUUCUUUUCUUAAAAUCUCAAUUGUAAUUUUUAUUAUGUUUUGUUAAUUAAAAGGCAAUAUUGUUUUUGGAAAUAAGUGCCUGGACUUACUUUACUUCUCUUUAAAGAACAUUUUUAUACUACACGUAAUUUCAAUAGGAAAAAAUAAGUUGAAUAUAAUUUUCUAAUUAUUUUAUUACUUCAAAUAUUAUCAUAUUAUUUUGUGUGCGUAUGUGUAUAUUUUAAUUUAUAAUUAAGUUGUCGUUAACUCAUUACUUUAAUUGUAGAGAUGAGGUUAGCUGAUAUUUAAAAUUGUAUAACUGGGUUAAAAUUAACCCAAGAUGGAUGUUACCUAGAAUGACCAAGGAAUUUGCGAGCUUCGAAUAUUUAUCGUCAACAAAUCAUAUAUAAUUUGAAUAUGAUUACUCACUAAUGAUUAUCUUUGGCGCGAAUUUUGAAUUUGGAUUGGUUUUUGACUAAACAUUCUUUUUAGUAGAAUAUCUCUUAGUCAUCUAUAACAAUGAGUGUUACACUUAGCCAAGAAGGUGCAUGUCAAAAUGGGGCUUUUCAAAGUUUUAGGCCGCACAAAGCUUUAAUGUUAUAUAGUCAACGGAGAAAUUCAUUAGACGAUAAUCAACAAUAUAGUAAAAAUAUGAAACUACCCACCGGCGAUUGGUCGAAAAAUGCAUCACAAAAUAUAGAAUUAAAAUUGACAUGCAAAGAAGCGUACAUUAGAGAUACAUCAUUAUGGACAGAUAUGCAGUUUGAUACAGAAAAUACAAAUGAUGAAACAAAAUAUUUUCCGCCGAAAAAACGAUUUUUAGAAAAAGCUGAAAUGGAAGCUGAUCAUGGUGAUAUAAUUGAUAGUAAUGCAGCUAAGCGUAGUAAAAUAAUGGAUCCCGAUUAUUUGGGAGUAUCUACAAAAUGCUUAAAAGAAACCAUUAUUCGGUAUCGUAACGCUAUUGAGGCAGAAUCAAAUAGGUCAAAUACCAAACCGUCAGAGUUCCUACUUCGUACAUUUGGCGAUGCCAUCAAGAACAACAAUUUGAAUACUGAGAAGAAUAUGAAUCUCGGCAAUAAAACUGCUCAAGAAUCGAAGACUGAACCUUAUUAUCGGUUUGGGUACAAAAAAUUUACAUUAAGGCGUAUUGAAGAAGACUCGAAUGAUUCGAAUGUGACUAAACAAAUAGAAUCUGCUUCUGUAAUUAAGAAACCUCCGGAAGUUAAAGAGUCUAGGGGAAAGAGAAACAGGGCUUGCAAAGGCGUAAGAUAUCAGCAGUUUAUGGUCGACACAUUAACGAAACGCCAAAACAAAAAAAUGGGUAAAAAAAAAUUGUUAACUAAAGAUACUACUGCUGGUGAAAGUCAGAAAGGCAAAAAGAAAAAACUGAAAGAAGAAACCGAGGAUAAGACAUCGUUUUGUAUCACACUGCCAGUUCAAUCGCGACGUGAAACUAGAAAUAGUGCUAAAGCGGCUGCCACGUUGCAUAAACAAGUUGAAGAUUCGAAUGGCGGCAUUGUGAAAAUAAAAAUAAAAUUAAAUAAUUUAAAAGAUGAUACAGUUGACCCUAGUUCAAAAUACGAAAUCAUCGACCCUAGUUCAACCACUAAAGUGCUACCCAAAAAACGCUUUAGAUCUGAUUACGAGGAUAACAGCAAUAACGAUACCUUAGGAAGUAAAGAACCCAAAAGACUGCCUUCGCCAAUAUGUUCAGAGUCGAGUUCUAGUAGAUUGUCGAGUCCAGAAUCAAAUAGUAGUAGUAGUAGUUCGACUUUAGUACACUAUAAAAAACGUGUAUCACGAACAUUUGCCGAGAGUCAAAGCAAUUCAAUGAAUUCUCUUUUGGCAGAUCCCAAUGUCAAUCUUCAAACCUUGGCUGAUGUUGCUCUGCUUAGCAUUCCAUUUUGAUUGAUGUUCCACAAGUUAUUAAUGAAUUAUGGUUCAGAGGCUGAUUUAUAUUACCAAAAAUAUCAAUAUAUGAACCAUUUCUUCGUCUACCAAAAUUUAGUUUUAAUUUUUUCAAAAGUAAUAAUUAGCCAAAUUUUAUUAAAAUCACAAAUUUAUGUUAUUAGAGUUUAAUAUUGUAAAUCAACAGAUUUAAAAGAGCCAAGUUGUGUGGCUUAAUGUCUGUUUAAUGUAUAUUCAUUGAUUUUAGUAUAAUUUGUAUUCUGUUUACAGUUUUAAAUGAUUGUCUUAGCGAGUUAGUUUAAAAGAACGCCAUUUCUUACCUAUUUAUUUAAAAUUUGCAUUAUUUUUAAUAUUGCUCAAAAUAAAAAAACUGACUAUUAAUUUAAAAUAUCAAGACAAAAUAGUCAAAAUGUGACACCUUUUUGUGUGAUUUUUUGAAAUGUUAAUCAAUGCUCAACAUUUGAAUUGAUUUCAUUUUUUAAAUUUAAUGAUAAGAAUCGGCGGCUCACUCUAAUUGUUCUACAAAAAGUUUACGCUAAAUUGUCUAAAAAACUGUAGUAAAUAAUACAAAUACGACAAGAGAUAUAUUUUAUUUUAUUAUAACAAUACAACUCUGUUUUUUUUAAUCCUAAUCUUGAACAAAGUUAAAUUAUUUUUGUUAAAAUUAAAAUCUACACUUUAUUAAAUUAUGCAUCUACAUUUAUUAAUUUAAAAAACUUACCUAAAUGUUUUAUUUUGUUGUAAAUAUUAUUGAUCUCGAAUUGUGUAUUCCAUUGAAAAUGUUAAGUUGGUUAACUUGGCACGUUCGACUUGACCUUAAGAGACUUUGUGAAAUGUACUAUUUUAAGAUAAUUGUCCGGUAAAUUAUGUUAGGAAUAGUCGUCACUGCCUCCAAUAACAAAUAACCAAAUACCUUAAAAAAAAAAAAAAAUUAAAUACAAA